UGUGUGCCGGGCUUUUCGAAAACUGUGUUGCCACAGCCGGAGGAAAAAGCAGCCACUUUCCGUAAGGCUAUGUUUUCUCUUGCAUAAGACUAAUCUUGACUCCUCUUGAGUCAUACAGGGGGGGGAGGGAGAACACCGAGAAAUUCAUUAGCUCAGGGAAAUGUGCAAAUGAGGCUCUUGUUGUUUUGAUUGGCCUGACUCAGGCCAAUGGGUUGCUUCCUUUCGUUUAACUUGCCGUUCUGCUCCUGCCAAGCUCAAGCUCACAGCCACACCGCUCUGCUGUGCGUUGCGGCCACCACAGCCCUGGCUCUCUCUGCUUGGUCUCCCUCCGGCUGCUUCAGUGCAAACAGCUGCCUGAACAGCAGCAUUAGCAGCAACCGCUGAAGCCUCCACUCUUUAGUUCGUUCGUUCACUUGCUAAACCCGAUGAAGGCUGCUUCUUCUCUGUGACAUCAAGGCCAGAUGUUUGGCACAGCCCCAUCUCCGGGGGUCUGAAGAAAUCCAAAGUGUAAUAACAGGGCCAGUUCAGAAUGCAAUGGAAAGGCUGAAGACUGGACGACUUGUUACCGUGGACAGCUGCCGCUGUUGAUCCCGUUUCAAAAGAUGGUGAACCGUUCUGGAUCUGGACUCCUUGUGCUCUCAGCUCUCCCCUUUUGAGGGAGUUUGGGUGUGACCUUUGGUGCACAAAGUGUUUUCUCCUGGGUUCUAAGGAACCGGAAAUCAGCACAAUUUCAGAACGUUUUCGUUUUUAUUUCUAUACAUAUUUUUGAAGUUCCCACACUAGCAGCGAAGGCUGCCAUUGGUUUCUGUUCCUCUGGGGGAAAAUGGCAACCGCUGCCUACAUUGCCGCCGAGUGCCUUGUCUCGAUGUCCAGCCGUGCGAUCGUCCAUGGUCCUGCCGGAGAGCUGUGCCCCAAACCCGUGGGUACCGUACCUUCUCCUGUCAUCCCAGACAGAGCUGAGAAAUACGAACUGGUUGAGACAGAUAGGGAAAAUGGAGUUGGGUCCUCGGAUUAUCUUGUGGCCAGUGUUCUGGCAGGUUUCAACCGGUAUCUUCCCAAAGCUUCCUCGUUUCCGAUGGAGAAGCCAGAGAUUGUCGUCCGAGGGGAGGCCCCGAACCCAUCCCUUCCUGGGAAAGAGCUUCUGGGGGAAGGAGGCCUCUUGCCGGCCGGCAAACAUGGCGGAGGCACAGCAGCAGCCACACCUACCAGGCUGGCAGCGGCGACGAGUGAGCCGAGCCCCAAACAAAGGAGCAGGAAAGGCAGAUGUCGGCCUGACCCUGGAUUACCUCUGAAAAAGCACAAAUGCCACUAUGCGGGUUGUGAAAAGGUUUACGGCAAGUCUUCCCACCUGAAAGCUCACCUUCGGACCCACACAGGGGAGAGGCCUUUCGAAUGCCGCUGGGAGGAAUGCAACAAGAAAUUUGCCCGUUCGGAUGAGCUGGCCCGGCAUUUCCGCACCCACACUGGGGAGAAAAAGUUUGGCUGCCCGCUCUGCGAGAAGCGCUUCAUGCGCAGCGACCACCUGACGAAGCACGCUCGCCGGCACGCUAACUUCCACCCCAGCAUGCUCAAGCGGAGGGGUGGGAGCGGCUCCAGGACCGGGUCUGUGAGUGACUACAGCCGCUCGGACGCCUCCAGCCCCACCACCAGCCCCGCCAGCUCCCCCUGAGAUGCUUGCACUUUGGCCUCCUCCUUGUUGUACCCAAUUCUAGGAUUUGGAGCUAUUUGCAUUGCACACUUUGCUUCUCGUUUCCUUGGAAAGACUCCUCUACAUCCCUUCCCACCCCAAAAUGGAGGACUCUUUCCCUCUCUGGAACUCUGGAGAAGAAAAUAUUCAACAGAGCUGAAUUAGCCUCCUAUGACGGACAGCAAGACCCAUGUAACCGUGAACUCCAUAUCUGCAUUUUCCUAGGGAAAAUGUAUCAGAAGUUAUGAAAGAUUUGCUCUGAAGGACAUAACAAAAUCGUAGAGAGGUAUUGCGAUGGUAUUCUGGGAUUAGAAGUCCAUUUUUUUCCGACACAGGAGCGACUUGAGAAAUUGCAAGUCGCUUCUGGUGUGAGAGAAUUGGCUGUCUGCAAGGACGCUGCCCAGGGGACGCUCAGAUAUUUUGAUGUUUUACUGUCCUGUGGGAGGCUUCUCUCAUGUCCCUGCAUGGGGAGCUAAAGCUGACAGAAGGAGCUCAUUCAUGCUCUACCUGGAUUUGAACAUCCGACCUGCCAGUACAAGGGUUUAACCCAUUGUGCCACUGGGGGCUCCAUAAAUGGCAUUCACUGGUAUCCAAGGUCUCUAGAUCCUCCAAUACAACUUUAUGGGAUUAGAGGUCAUGUAAUUUAAUAGUGUUUGCUUAUAACCAAGGUCUUUAGAUCCUUGAAUGCAACUCUAUGGGACUAGAGGUCAGGAAAUUAAAUUGUGUGCGCUCAUAUCUGCGGUCUCAGGUAAUUGCGGUCCAGCUGGGAACGCAUGCCUGGCAAAUACAGGGGUCUUCCUAAUCCGGCACCGAAGGGCCUCAUCCUUGACAGCAGCUUAUUCCCGUCAAGAUCUGCUCUUCCCAUCCUUUUCCUUCAAAGCCUUAAGAAAAUGCUCCUGUUGCCAGGAUUUUUAAAAUCUAUUUUUUUAACGAAGAGUUUCACUCAGGAGUCAAUGCCUUUUUUGUAGGAAGCGAUGGCAAAGCAGGAAUGCCUGUACAGCUUCAUUCAACCAGGUUGGACUGUCAAAAAAGAAAACAAACCCGCCACCUCCUCUCAUCUUUCUCAGGGAUAUGUAUUUAUGUUGUUCGGUGAAGUACAAUGAAGACGCACGCUCCUCUUGCAGCCUCGCUUUGGAAAGAUAUUUGCACUCAGAACAGUGGUGCCGAGUGGUUGUUGUUGUUUUCACAGCACACGCCGAAGGGGAAACCAUGACUUGGCACUCAGAUGCUGUGGUUUCACGGCUGGUCAAUACUCUUGGAGACCUUGGACCCUCUAUCGUUCUCCUCCAGUCACUCUCAUUUUCGUUUUGGGUCACUUCACACUGAGAUGCUUCUAUCAAUACCAGCUUCCUGUUGCAACAGAAAUUGUCUACGAAGUUUGAUACUUUUAUAUAUAUAUAUAUAUAUUACUAUAUAUCUGUAUUAAAAUGAAUUUGAUUGGGAAAGGUGAAAACCAUCACAGCAGUGAACUAGAGGCCUUAAUCAAUUCCCUCCCUUCAAAAAAGUUAGGGAAAUGUUCUUACACUGGGGAACAACUGGCAUGAAUAACUUUUCAAUAGCUUUAAAGCAGGGGUCCUCAAACUACGGCCCGGGGGCCGGAUAUGGCCCUCCAAAGUCCUUUACCUGGCCCUCGCUCAGGGUCAACCUAAGUCUGAAACGACUUGAAAGCACACAACAACAACAAUCCUAUCUCAUCAUCCAAAAGCAGGCCCACACUUCCCAUUGAAAUACUAAUAAGUUUAUAUUUGUUAGAAUUGUUCUCCAUUUUAAUUAUUGUAUUGUUUUAAAGUGUUUUUUGAACAACAAAUAAGAUGUGUGCAGUGUGCAUAGGAAUUCAUUCUUGUUAUUUUCAAAUUAUAAUUUGGCCCUCCAAUAGUUUGAGGGACUGUGACCUGGCCAUCUGUUUAAAAAGUUUGAGGACCCCUGCUUUAAAGCAUUGGUUCUUUUAAUUGCAAUUUCCAGCGUGAGAGGGCAUCAGAAUGUUUGCACAAAGAAUGGCAUUGGACAUAUAGACAUACAGAUUCUAUGUAACUACAUUGGAUUCACAAACACCUGUUGCAUUGGUUAACAGACAAACAAAGGGGAAUUACAGUGUUCCCUCGCUACUUCAUAGUUUGCUUUUUGCAGACUCACUGUUUCGCGGGUUUUUACCUCCCAGUUUAUAGAAUCAUAGAGUUGGAAGAGACCUCGUGGGCCAUCCAGUCCAACCCCAUUCUGCCAAGAAGCAGGAAAAUUGCAUUCAAAGCACCCCUGACAGGUGGCCAUCCAGCCUCUGUUUAAAAGCUUCCAAAGAAGGAGCCCCCACCACAGUCCGGGGCAGAGAGUUCCACUGCUGAACGGCUCUCACAGUCAGGAAGUUCUUCCUAACGUUAAGGAGGAAUCUCAUUUCUUAUAGUUUGAAGCCAUUGUUCCACCUCCUAGUCUCCAGGGUGGCAGAAAACAAGCUUGCUCCCUCCUCCCUGUGACUUCCCCUCACAUAUUUAUACAUGGCUAUUAUGUCUCCUGUCAACCUUCUCUUCUGCAGGCUAAACAUGCCCAGCUCUUUAAGCCGCUCCUCAUAGGGCUUGUUCUCCAGACCCUUGAUCAUUUUAGUCGCCCUCCUCUGGACACAUUCCAGCUUGUCAAUAUCUCUCCGAUUAUGGUGCCCAGAAUUGGACACAGUAUUCCAGGUGUGGUCUAACCAAGGCAGAAUAUAGCACUGUCCCUGUAUGAAAGCCUUCAUUUGGGUGGUGGGCAGUAUGGUGUUUGUGGAGGACAUUGGCAGGACUCUUGGACAUGUUUACAGUGCUCUCUAUAACCUGCAGUAUCAUUGGAGGGAGGGUCUUUGGUGUCUCCUGAGUAGUGGGAGCUAGAGCUGUUUACAGAGACAGGAGCCUGACUGUGUAAGUGGACAAACCAGCCGCGCAUACACAUACACAUAAUUUCACUUUUAUUAUGUAUAUAGAUAUAUAUUAGGUGACUAAUUCAAAAAUAAACACCCUGACCCAACAAAA